GUGCAAUUCGUGAUGCAGCACGAAGCAUCCAGCCUUUAAAACCCCGUGUUCCCAUGGCUACCGCGCUCCCCGCAGCACCCACGCACCCCGGGCUGCAGCCCCUGGCGCCCGGCCGCGUCCCCGUGGGGUGCCCCGAGGCGAGCUCGAGUGAGCAGCCCCCGGCCCCGGAGGGGGCAAAGAGCCGCCGGGAGCCCCGUGGUCUGUCCGUACAGCAAAAUCCAUCACAUAGCGUGGGGGGAGCGGGACCGGGACACCGCUGGCACGGAGACAAAGCAAUCAGAGGAAAGCACUAAAGCUGCAAAUAAACGGCCGAACGCAGGGAACCAAUAUAGCAUUUUCCUUUGUUCUUCACUUUUUAAUGUUAUGUUUAAAUCAAGCAUGAGCUCAGUGUCUACUCGGUUUUACCUUUAUAACGGUAAUUAACAGAGACUGGAGAUCUCGGGGGUGUUGUCGGCUGCUUAUUUCUGUUCACUGGCUCAUGUUAAGAUCUGUCACGCACUCCCGGCGGAGGGCAGGAGACACGGCGCCGGCUUUUGCAGCGCUCCCCGCAUCGCCGUGCGUCCCGCGAACCGUUCCAGGCUGCUCUCAUCCCGCACUGCCCCCGGGACCCUCGGACACCCAGCACCGAGGAGCUGCCUGAGCGAGGUGGGGACGGGGCCGCUGCCCGCAGGGAAGGGAUGAGCCUUCUGCCCACGGAACUCACCACGUGAAAACUGUUGUGAAUCAGAAUGGUCACCACCUAGAAGUUACAAGAAGUUACGCUGCUACAAAAAUAAAUAGCAAUGCCCUGUUUGGAGAUGACAACCAAAAGGAAAAUUAUUGGCCGCUUGGUGCCAUGCCGGUGUUUUCGCGGUGAAGAGGAGAUUGUCUCAGUGUUGGAUUACUCUCACUGUGGCCUACAGCAGGUGCCAAAGGAGGUUUUUAACUUUGAGCGGACGUUAGAAGAGCUUUAUCUAGAUGCCAAUCAAAUUGAAGAGCUACCCAAGCAACUGUUCAACUGUCAAGCUUUACGCAAACUGAGUAUACCUGACAAUGACCUUUCCAGUCUGCCAACCACUAUUGCUAGCUUAGUUAAUCUCAGAGAACUUGAUAUCAGUAAAAAUGGAAUUCAAGACUUUCCAGAAAAUAUUAAAUGUUGUAAGUGUUUAACAAUUAUUGAAGCCAGUGUCAAUCCAGUAUCUAAGCUGCCAGAUGGCUUUACACAACUUCUAAAUUUGACCCAGCUCUAUCUAAAUGAUGCCUUUUUGGAGUUUCUUCCUGCUAACUUUGGAAGACUUGUCAAAUUGAGAAUUUUGGAGUUAAGGGAGAACCACUUGAAAACUCUACCAAAGUCAAUGCAUAAACUGACUCAACUGGAGAGACUUGAUCUGGGCAAUAAUGAAUUCUCUGAGCUGCCUGAGGUUCUCGAACAAAUACAAAAUCUAAAGGAAUUGUGGAUGGACAAUAAUUCUUUGCAAAUACUACCUGGGUCUAUAGGGAAGUUAAAACAGCUCGUGUACCUGGAUAUGUCAAAAAACAGGAUAGAAACUGUUGAUUUGGACAUAUCAGGAUGUGAAGGACUUGAAGAUCUCCUGUUGUCAUCAAAUAUGUUGCAGCAACUGCCAGACUCCAUAGGACUGUUGAAAAGGCUGACAACUUUAAAAGUAGAUGACAAUCAGCUUACAAUUCUGCCAAAUGCAAUCGGAAAUUUAUCUUUAUUAGAAGAAUUUGACUGCAGCUGUAAUGAGUUGGAGUCCUUACCUUCAACCAUUGGUUACCUUCACAACCUGAGGACGUUGGCUGUGGAUGAGAAUUUCCUUCCUGAACUGCCCAGAGAAAUUGGAAGCUGUAAAAACGUAACGGUGAUGUCUCUGCGCUCUAACAAGCUGGAAUUUCUUCCUGAUGAAAUAGGUCAGAUGCAGAAGCUGAGAGUGUUAAAUCUGAGUGAUAACAGACUGAAGAACUUACCAUUCACUUUUACUAAACUUAAAGAACUUGCAGCUUUGUGGCUUUCUGACAACCAGUCCAAGGCUCUCAUUCCACUGCAAACGGAGGCUCACCCAGAAACAAAGCAGAGAGUGCUGACUAACUACAUGUUUCCCCAGCAACCCCGCAGUGAUGAAGAUUUCCAGUCAGACAGUGAUAGUUUUAAUCCUACUUUGUGGGAGGAGCAGAGACAGCAACGUAUGACUGUUGCCUUUGAAUUUGAAGACAAAAAGGAAGAGGAGGAAAAUGCAGGGAAAGUUAAGGUUGAAAUAAAUCUAAAACGUUAUCCCACUCCAUACCCGGAGGAUUUAAAGAAUAUGGUAAAAUCAGUUCAAAAUCUGGUGGGCAAAACAAGCCAUGGAGUACGGCCUGAGAACUCAGCACCAACUGCGAACAGUGAACAAACUGUGAAAGAAAAGUAUGAGCACAAGUGGCCCAUGGCACCAAAGGAGAUUUCAGUGGAGGUGCAAGAUAGAGAAAGUAAAGAGUUCCAUAAGAGUCACCUGUCUGAUACAGACAACACUCAUAAAUCGACUCUGGAAAUCCCAGACAGGAAGGAGAAAGAAGAGCAUACAAAAAGCUCAGAGGAUGCCUUUGGACAUCCUGCCAGUGAGAUGAGGAUAGGUGAACUUCGUCCUUCCAUACCAGAGACUCCGUUGUACCCACCCAAGCUUGUUCUUCUGGGUAAAGAGAAGAAAGAGUCGACAGAUGAGUCUGAAGCAGAUAAGAUCCAUUGUCUGAAUAACAGCGUUUCCUCAGGCACUUACUCAGACUAUUCCCCUUCCCAGGCUUCCUCAGGGUCCUCCAAUGCGCAUGUUAAAAUGGGGUCCUUGCAGACAACAGCUAAAGACGCAGUGAAUAACUCUUUGUGGGGAAACAGCAGGCUGGCGCAGUCAUUUCCACAGCCCCUUGAAACAAAGCCAUUACUGAGCCAGCGGGAAUCUGCUCCGGCAGGAAACCUGCCACAGCGCAACGACAGGCGUCCCCUGAGCGACACCUUCACCGACAGCUGGAAUGAUAGCUCGCACUACGAUAACACCGGCUUCGUUGCAGAGGAGAGCUCAGUGGAGAACCCUAGUGCUAACCCUCUCCUAAGCACGAAAUCUAGAAGCACAUCUGCGCAUGGGCGCAGGCCGUUAAUUAGACAAGACAGGAUAGUUGGCAUUCCUCUGGAGCUGGAGCAGCCGACGCUCAGAAACACACACGAAUCUGAAGUGCCUCCUCCCAAUCCUUGGCAAAAUUGGACCAGAACCCCUAGUCCUUUUGAAGACAGGACAGCUUUUCCUUCCAAACUGGAAAACACCCCCACCACCAGCCCUUUGCCUGAGCGGAAAGAUCAUAUCAAAGAGUCUCCUGAAUUAUCUAGCACUUUCACUCCAGGAAUAGCAUGGGAAUAUCACGAUUCAAAUGCUAACAGAAGUCUCACAAAUGUCUUUUCACAUAUUCACUGUCGCCCAGACCCUUCUAAAAGUGUUAUUUCGAUCAGCAAGAGCACAGAAAGGCUGUCUCCAAUGAUGAGGGAUUUAAAAACUAACAAAUUUAAGAAGUCACAAAGUAUCGAUGAGAUAGACAUUGGAACGUACAAAGUUUAUAAUAUACCUUUAGAAAACUAUGCAUCUGGUAACGAUACUGUAGGAGCCCACGAGAGGGUGGACAAGCUCCUGGGCCCGGAGCACGGCAUGUUGAGCAUGUCCCGCAGCCAGUCGGUCCCCAUGCUGGAUGACGAGCUGCUGACCUACGGCAGCGUCAAGGUGCAGCCGCAGCAGAAGUCGUCCGUGACAAAGAAGGUCUACCAGUUUGACCAAAGCUUCAACCCGCAGGGAGCAGUGGAGGUCACAGCCGAGAAGAGGUUACCACCACCUUUCCAGCUCAACCCCGAGUACAUUCCCCAGCAGAGUAAAAACCUGCCCCAGGAGCUGGUCAGCCCGAGGGCCUACCGCGGCUACCCCCCUGUGGAGCACAUGUUCUCCUUCUCCCAGCCGUCGGUCAACGAGGAGGCCGUCAGUGCCCCCUUCGUGAGCCAGGGCUCUCGGCCGGGCUUCUUGAGGAGAGCGGAUUCGUUGGCCAGUUCCACCGAGAUGUCUAUGUUCAGGAGGGUCAGUGAGCCCCAUGAGCUGCCCCCAGGCGAUAGGUAUGGCAGGCCUCCGUACCGAGGAGCUGUGGAGCGCCAAAGCAGCAUCUCGGUCUCCGAGUCUCAGUUCCUCAAGAGGAAUGGCAGGUACGAAGACGAGCAUCCUUCCUACCAAGAAGUGAAAGCCCAGACUGGCAGCUUUCCUGUUAAAAGCCUUACACAAAGGAGGCCGUUGUCUGCAAGAAGCUACAGUACAGAGAGUUAUGGUACCUCUCAAACCAGGCCAGUUUCAGCGAGGCCUACAAUGGCAGCUCUGCUGGAAAAGAUACCGUCAGACUAUAACUUGGGUAACUAUGGCGACAAGCCUUCCGAUAACAGUGAUAUAAAGACAAGGCCUACCCCUGUGAAGGGAAAUGAGAGCUGUGCUAAAAUGCCUGCUGACUGGAGACAACAGCUACUUAGACAUAUAGAAGCUAGAAGGUUAGACAGGACCGCUGCUUACAAACACAACACAGUUAGCCUUGGCAUGCUGCACUCUGGAGGGUUUUCAGCAAUGCAUGCCGGCAGAAGCAUGACUUUAAACUUGCAGACUAAAUCUAAAUUUGAAAGCCAAAUGCUUCAAGAGCUACCUCUACCGAAAACCCCGUCGCAGCAGAGCAGCAUCCUGGACAACGGGCAGGACGAGGUGCCUGUGAGUGGCCAGUGGAACCCCUACCCGCUGGGGCGGCGGGACGUGCCCCCCGACACCGUCACCAAGAAGGCAGGUAGCCAUAUCCAGACGUUAAUGGGAUCGCAAAGCCUGCAGCACCGCAGCCGCGAGCAGCAGUACGAAGGAAACAUGAACAAGGUGACCAUCCAGCAGUUUCAGCCACCACUGCCUAUCCAGAUCCCCUCCUCGCAGAGCUCGCGAGCACCUCAGACGGGGCGGUGUCUCAUCCAGACCAAGGGGCAGAGGAGUACGGACGCCUAUCAGGAGCAGUUUUGUGUGAGAAUAGAGAAGAAUCCUGGCCUUGGUUUUAGUAUCAGUGGUGGAAUAAGUGGACAAGGCAAUCCAUUCAAACCUUCUGAUAAGGGUAUCUUUGUUACUAGGGUUCAGCCUGACGGACCAGCAUCCAGCCUGCUCCAGCCUGGCGACAAGAUCCUCCAGGCCAAUGGACACAGUUUUGUACAUAUGGAACAUGAGAAAGCUGUAUUACUACUGAAGAGUUUCCAGAAUACAGUAGACCUAGUUAUUCAACGUGAGCUUACUGUCUAAAUAUUUUUUUAUAAAUAGUAAAUAUGUCUAGCCAGAUCUAAUGUUCAAACAGAUUUAUACAUAGGAAACAAAUUUUUGCCAAUUGCUGGACCAAUGGCAAACAGUAGUGCCAAAUGUAUAAUACUCUAUGUUAGUACCAAUCAUCUUGAAAAAAAAUAUAUUAACUAUAUAAAUAUAUUGUUCAUGUGGCUAUGUAUUAGUUUUAAUUGUCAGCCUCUGGCUGUGCAUUGGUGCGUUUUUUUAAUCAAGUUACUUCUUAAAGUCAAUUUCAUAUGAUUUCAAAACACAGAAGCACAUACAAAUUCUUUAGGAAUUCUGCUGUCCAUCAGAAACACUGCCUCAAAGUUGUAUAUGCCUUUAUAAAGAUAAAAUAUAUUAACCUGUACUUCCCAUGAAAUAUUUCUAUCAUGUCACAUACAAAAAUAUAGAGAAAAAAUAUUUUCAUAAACACCUCAAAGAAAGUAUAUAUUAAAUUAAAUUUAAUAAUGUUCAUUUAUUUUCAAUGCAAAGAUAUUAUAUGCCUUAUGAAAAUACCUGUACAUAUGCAGUGUGUAUAGCUGGCUCCAUACUAAUUAGUAAAAAUGUCACUAUACAGGGUGAGAUACUUAAUAAAUGAUACUGUCAACUCUGGGACCUAGAUAUAAAUAACCUACAUGGAGAUUGGUUAACUUCCUUUCUUUGGCACUUUCAGUCGAUUCCAUGUGAACACACUAAAUGGACGAACAGUGAGGUUAGACAGAUACGCUUCAUAAAUGGAAGACGUUUAUGAUGGGUGGCAGUAAAACUUCUUUUGUUGCUGCUGAUUUUAUUAUUUUAACUUUUGAAUUUAAAAGUGUAGGCCCCUCCCUUGCACUGCCCAUUCCCCCAGUCUUUGGUGUUCCGUAUUCUUGCUCUGGUGCAGGCUGUUGUCCCCUUCUCGAUAUGUUCAUUAUCAGUAAGGCUUUAACCUUUAUACAACCCUUUAUUUGUGUAACAGACUCUUUAAGAUGAGUGGGGAUAGAUUUAACCUGAGAUAUGACGUAUCGCAGGGGGAGCAGAAGAACGGUGCUGAGGGAGCAUGGGAAGAGCUUUCCCACUGAGGUGUGAAACCCUUAAGGGAAAAAUCCUCGCGCUGCUCUCGACAGAGCUCACUGGCAGCACAGAACUCUGCAGACCUGCUGCAGGUUCAGUAAUUCAGGCGUAUAUCAUGGGUGUAACUGACAGCAAGAAGGCGAAAUAGAAGGAAACCUCCCACGAGGUGUUUUCGAGGGGUGCUGUUGCCAUCGGCCUGGCAGUGAUGGUGGUGGGCUGCAGGGAGAGCCGCAGCGUGGGCAGGGGGCUGCAGCUGGGCCCCGGUCAGGGGCCCGGCCAUGGCAGAGGACGUGUCACUUUGCUGCUUACAAGAACCUCUAGAAAUUCUCAAACCUUUCUUCUCUUCCCAUAAGCGCACAAUGCCUGAGGUAAUUAUACUUUGAAUUAAACUAACGUGACUUCCAGAGACAAUAGUGCCCUUACGUCUACUGCCCUGCCUGCUGUAUGGACCGAGUCGUCCUGCUGUCGAGGUAUAAAAGCAUCUUGUCAACUUUUGCUGCAGUCUUGUUUAUAGCAAGUGGGAGGACUGGAGCUAUCAGAGGUGCUGGCAGCACUCCUGAUGCAUCCCUGAUGUUACUGAGGCACACCAGUGUUUGGCCCUGCUGCAUGUGCUGCUUGGCAUGCUAGGGGCUUACAUCAGGUCCCUAAAACCCAACGAGUUCAGGAAGAGCAGUCUGCUGGGGUCAUUCCAUGCACAGCUAUCACUUUGGCUUCGGGUGUUGGGAGAGGAACUGGGAAGAGAGAGAGCCAGACCAGGCCCCCGAAUCCUUGCUCUACUCAGCUAUUAUCUCUGUGCAUUCACAUCUGGCUGCUCGUAGAAACUGCCUACACAGCGAGGGGAUCCGGGGCCUCAUCCCAUCCACCAGCCACAAGGAAAAUGCAUAAUCAGCCCCUCCUUCCCCCCAGCCUGGCCAUAACUGUCAAAACGAUGUUUCCAAAUGAACUCGGCCUUCCCAAACCUGGUGCAGUCAUUAUUGCCUCCCUCUGGAAGCUCCUAGGCCUUCAAAAAAAAAAA